AUGGAAGAUUCAAAAAAUCGUGCAUUUGGUGCAAUAGCAAGAAGAGAAGCUCAUGAGCUUCAGUUGCAACAAAAACACAAGAACAAUAAGAGAAUUCUAGAAAGUUCUCCCGAUUUUAAGUCCACAUCAAAGAAAGGCAAAUAUUCUUUCUCAGUGCAAACUACUAAAAGAGAUGUUGAAGAAGAUCAUCAUCCUAUAUAUCUUCCACUCUCUCACCCUGUACAUGAGAAUUUAGCAAAGUCGGAUCUUGAGGGAAAUGUAGUGGACAAGAUUUUACAUGAACUUUUACAAAGUGGAGAUUCUGCUCAAAAUUACAUGCAAGGAUCAAGAAGAAUGAAAAUUGAUAAUCGUGUUCAUCUUGAUAAUAAAAUAAAAGACAAUAAAAAAUCUGGAAUUAUUACACUUAAAAAAGCGUUACAAAGCCACUCAAAAAGAUCAAAAAAACACAUGUCGAUGAAACAACACAAGAAAUACGGGUCUUUGGAUUUGCCUCAAGAGCAGCAUAACUUUGAAACGUUUAAACCGAUGCAUGAAAUUUGGAAAGGGUAUAUAAUGCAACUUUUGAAGAGUGUUGGGAAAAGCCAAAUGGCUCAAUGUCUUCUUGGUGCAGAUCUUCAUGGUGCAUUUAUUUUAGUUGCGCAAUGCAAAAUGGAUGGGUUCACUGGAGUGAGUGGGAUCAUGAUUCGUGAAACGGCAGAGACAUUUGGAAUAAUCACAAAAGAUAAUAAAUACGAAGUUGUAGUGAAGAAGGAAAAUUGGCCAAUGAUUUCACAACUUUAUGCUACCGCUAUCCAACUUGGAAGGAUCCAAGACGGCAAGACAUAUAAAAACCAUUAAAGCUUAGUCUUCAUGAUUAAAGAAGCCUCUUCCACUGUUAAAGUAAGAGUGGAGAAUACUAGAAAAGAGAAAACAAGAAGACUAAACAACUCCAUGUAUUAUAAGAAAACUAGACUUCUUAUGUUAAUGCAUAAUUAAACUAGUAUCAAAUAUCAACAUGCAUGACUCAAUAUAUGAGAUUAAUGACCUGUCAAUUACAAUGUUGAAUCGUAAUCAUAGGUACAAUAGGAUGUUUGUCCCGCGUGUUCAAAUCUAAAAACAAAGAAUGCUAAUUAGUGUUCAUCCUCGUUAUAAUUAGAUUGUGAUCCAUAAGAAUUUAUUGUAGUAAAGUUUCAAGAGUUAAAUGCAUGGCAUUUAAAGGCUAG